CCAGUCUCGAGUGCAUUCAGCUCCAGCACAGCCUCCAGCCCUCACCACCGCUACCAUGUCUCUGAUGAAGAACGAGAGAGCUAUCAUCAUGUCCAUGUGGGAGAAGAUGGCUCCUCAGGCCGAGCCCAUCGGCACUGAGACUCUGGAGAGGCUCUUCUGCAGCUACCCGCAGACGAAGACCUACUUCCCGCACUUCGACCUGCACCAUGGGUCGCAGCAGUUGCGUGCCCACGGCUCCAAGAUCUUGACUGCUGUGGGCGAUGCAGUCAAGAACAUCGACAACCUUUCUGGGGCUUUGACUAAGCUGAGCGAGCUGCACGCCUACAUCCUUCGUGUGGACCCAGUCAACUUCAAGCUCCUGUCCCACUGUCUGCUGGUCACACUGGCCGCACACUUCCCCACCGACUUCACCCCUGAGGUCCACGAAGCCUGGGACAAGUUCAUGUCUAUCCUGUCUUCCAUCCUGACUGAGAAGUACCGCUAAGCGCCACUGCCAGAACCCCCAAGACCAGCUACAACCUGACCCCUCUCCUCCCCUUCAUUGAACCCUCCCUCAAGUCUUUCCUAGAAUCCCCAAUAAAUGGUUGAAGAAG